UGCAGAAGCUGCACGCGCCUCCCUUCUCGCUCGCGCUGCUGUAGCUGAUACUCUUAGUGAAUUCCCCGCUUCUGAUAUCAUUGAGGAGUUUCUCCCUUGUCCACAAAGCCCAGCGGAGGAGGCGUUUUCAAAACCACCACUUCAGAGUUUUGUGUUGAAGAACAGGAGGAGGAAGAAGACCAGCAGAACAUCAGGAAAACCUUUUUAAGCAAUUUUUUUUUUUUAAACCUCAGACUGGGAGGAGGACUGCGGAAGGUGCUAAACAGGAUGCGGUUGUUGAACAUUGUCUGCUCUCAUGUUGUUGUUUUGAUUCACUACUGCAGUGGAAAAGCUCUUGCCAUUACUCCAGAAAGCAGAACCCCAUUGCCAAAUGAUGAGAUUGACUAUGAGUAUGUGGCUGACAGGCUGCAGUGGGAUGUGGUCAGUAGGCUGUGUAGACAGCGGUUAGGGUCCCUGGCUGUGGUGUCCAGUGCUGGGAAGAACCCUAACCUUACCAGCUACCUACAGUCCUUGAACAUCUCCCAGCCUGUGUGGAUUUCAAGAAUGGUACCACCUGAAAUAAGUGGUACUUCUGACUCCUUAAUCUUGGAAUUUCUGGGCAGAAAUGAAAGCCAGUCUGCUCGGCUCCUGCAUGAGUUCUCUGACAUGGCUGCUAUGACCGUUUGCACUCGCCUUCGUUUCGAUCCCAAUAGACAUGAAGAAUCCACCGUGUUCUCUUAUUCUGUACACUCAUUCAUUAAUGAGUUCCAGCUCCGAGCUAGAGUUACAUCGAAAGCACUCAUCGAGUUUGCUCUGCUGGUGCAUGGUGAGAACAGCACCUAUCAGUCUGCCUUUGCCAAUGAUGCCUCCUGGCACUCGUUGUGUGUAAGCUGGACAGGAAAUGGUGGUGAGUGGGCUUUCUCAGCAGACGGUCUGGAGGUUGGGCGUGGGAGUCGUCUCUACCCUUCUGAACACAUAAGAGGCAACGGCUUUUUCAUCAUUGGCCAAGAACAAGACAGAUUUGAUGGAUCCUUUAAAAGCACAAAGGCGUUCUGUGGGAGCAUUACCCAGCUCUACAUAUGGGAUCGGGCGUUGGAGGCCGGUGAAAUCCGAACCAUGGAAAAAGAGUGUAAACCUAUUACAUCUAGCCUGGUUUUCAGAUGGAGAACCUCUGGACUGGAAAUGGAGCCCUCAGUACAGAUGCAUUGGGAGAACUUCCAGUGUCAAGUGAUUUCCCAGAUGCCAAAUAACGAUACCUGUGUAACCUUCGACCCUGCUAGUGGAAAGUGGGGCUGGGACCAUUGUGAGGCACAAAAAGGGGGUGUCUGCCAGUUUCAUAAAGAGACAAUAGAAAACUUUCCCAAGACACCAUUUUUUACACGAGUCCUCAAGGAUCUACAUGCCAACUCUGAGUUAGAAGAGUUUAAUUCAACUUCAUCUACAGAUAAUGAGCUGAUUUGGCUGAACUCUAUAGCUCGAUCUAUCGUGAGGGUAAUUGAGGCCAGUCCUGACAUCAUCACGCCCUCUGAUCUUCUGUACCUCACACAAACCAUCGAGCUGGCUGCAGCUGCUCAAGCCAAUAAAACAUCUGCCUCUUCUGGAGUCAUCAUGUCCAUGGCUACCAACUACCUGAACCUAGCCAGUGGUCUCAUUGAUCCCGUGGUGGCCAGGCAGUGGCUAGAUUUAAAGCCACUAGGGAUUCAACUCAGACCAUUCAUGGUUGUAGAGAAUAUUGACAAAUUACUUUGGGCAUUGGCAGAUACAAUCUAUACAGAAAGGUCAAGCUUCACAGUUUCAACAAAAAACAUAGAUGUUCAUAUGGAGCCAAGGCGGUUAUCUCAGAUGAGCUGCAGCUGUGUGUACAAACCUUCAACACAGGCUGCUCAAUCCAGCAGCCAAGAUGAAAUCCUAAUACCAGAGACAGAAGUCCAAAGAGUCCACUCCCUUGGACACAAGGAUGUGAUGUUUAUCCAUGCCUACUAUGGCAAUCUGCUGGAGAUGCUUUCCAAAACUGAUUUCAAAGCUCCAAGCUCACCUUUUAGUCAUCUGGCUACAGCAAUCAUAUCAGCUACAGUACGAGAUGUGUCCAGGGCAGAGAAUAUUCCAGUAUCUGUCCAGUACACUCUAUCCACUGCCAAGAUGGUGGAGUAUUCCAAGUUUGUCACGCCUGUUUGCAUGUUCUGGAAUGUCAGUAUGAUAGCUACUCAUUCAAGUGAUUGGUCAGACAAAGGCUGUAGAGUGUUGCAUUCUGGACCGGAUGGCACUUCUUGCUUCUGCAACCACACCACCAACUUUGCUAUCCUUAUGAAUUACAUGGAGGUUAGGUGGAGUGCAGAGGAGGAGAGCAUUUUGACCAAGCUGACGUUUAUCGGGUCGGGAGCCUCACUCUGCGCACUAGUGGUGACCUUGAUGCUGUUUACCGUGCUGGACAUUCCAAAAUCGGACCGGACAUCCAUCCACAAGAAUCUUUUUAUUUCCCUGACCUUAGCCCAAAUGGUCCUUCUCUGCAGUGGCUCUGCUAUUCAUAAUAAGGUGGCCUGCACCCUGGUGGCAGCACUACUCCAUCUGUUCUUCAUGGCAGCAUUUAGCUGGAUGCUGGUGGAGGGGCUGCUGCUGUGGAGCAAAGUGGUGACUGUUAACUUGAGCGAGGAUCGCCACAUGAAAUACUACUACUUGAUUGGCUGGGGUCUGCCUGUUCUGAUAGUUACCAUUACUCUGGCCUCGGCUUCAGGAAAGUACUCUGCAGACGGCCACUGCUGGCUCAGUGUACAGAAUGGAGUCAUAUGGGGCUUUGCUGGCCCCGUCAUCUUCAUCAUAAUGGUGAAUAUUAUGGUGCUGACCCGUGUGGUAGUCAUCACAAUCUCCACAGCCAAGAGAAGAUCUCUGAUGUUGGCAGCUAACACUAGCCCCGUGGAGCAGGUGUCUGAACAGAUAAGGGCGGCAGUAAAAGCAGUGCUGGUUUUGCUGCCAAUUCUAGGCCUGACCUGGCUGUGUGGAGUUUUGGUACCUUUCUCCAUUAUUAUCGCCUACAUCUUCAUCCUCCUCAACUCACUGCAGGGUCUCUUCAUCUUCCUGAUAUAUGGCGUGUACAACACGGAGAUACGCAAUACAGUCAACAGGAUCAAAGAGAGGCGGAAAGCUCAGAAUUUUUCUAACUGUGGUAGCUCCAGACCGUCCAGCUCUGUCCACAGCUCUCGGCCAGGCAGCUCCCCUGUGCCCAGCACUCUGGGUGGGCUUGGGGUCGAUGCCAAUCAGCCGGGAAGCCUCUCCAUAGACAGCAACAGCACCAGCCUGAGCUACAGCCAUGAGAGACAUCUUUCCUUCCCUUGUGUCCAUGGCAACCUAGAAGAAGAUCCCACUUUUCGUGCCAGUGGCAUCCACAUGACUGGACAGGAGUAUGUACCACCCAUGGUGUGUGUGGCAGGUUCCUGUAGUCUCCAUGUUCCCAUGGAUGAAGAGCUGAUCUCCUGCCAUGCAUCGAGCUCAUCUCUACAGAACCAUAGCAUGGAUCCUUUCUGAAACUGUUCAACCCUUCGCACAGUUCUGAAUAAUGUCUGUAUCUCACUUGUGUAGUUUUACUGUAUGUGUAGUUUGCAAAAACACACUUGCAUGUUUCAUCAGCUUGGCUAUAAAAUUUAUCAGAGAUGAGGCUCUCUGACAUUGUGUUUAGUUAUAGUUGUUAUAAAGAUAACAAAUAAUAAUAGUUGAGAUAAAUUGAUAUAGCAUCGCUGUCCUAACAACGACUUAUAUCUAUGAAAUGCUAGGAAAUACAUUUUUUACAAAAUUUGGACCAUUUCUGUUGGUUAAUUCUUCGCAAAGUGGUCACACAUUGUAAAGGGCAGCUGGCAUUUUCAAAUGGUGUAAAAAAAAUUGAUAGUAAAAAAAAAAAAUACAAAGUUUUGAUGUAAGAAUGAUAUAUUUUAAACCAUCUGUUGCAUUUUUGAGCAUCUUCAAAAUCUUUAAACCAUAUCAAUUUCUGAUAUGCUUUUCAGUGAUUUUUGAAUAAUAUAGAAAACCUAAAAUGAAUCAUUUAUUCAAAUUGAUUAUAACUUGACCACACAUUUUAUUAAUAGCCUUCUCUUUAUUUUAGUUCUGGCUUUGCUAGA